AUGAUCAAUAGCAGCUACUUUGGUGGGUUUAUACUCCUUGGGUUCCCUGGGAAGCCUCAGCUGGAAAUGAUCAUCUCUGGGGUUGUCUUUUUCUUCUACACCAUCGCCUUGAUGGGAAAUAUGGCCAUUAUCCUGCUGCCAUUACUGGAUGAACAUCUCCAAACCCCCAUGUACUUCUUUCUUAGAAAUUUGGCCGUCUUGGAUCUCUGUUAUACCACAAAUAUAGUUCCUCAGAUGUUGGUCAAUGUCUGGGGCAAAGAUAAGAAAAUCACUUUUGGUGGCUGUGCCUUUCAACUCUUCACUGAUGUGAUGCUAUGUACAGUUGAAUGUAUGCUUCUUGCUGUGAUGUCUUAUGACCGAUUCAAUGCUAUCUGCAAGCCUUUGCAUUACAUGACCGUGAUGAGCCCCCAACUCUGUCGAGGACUGGUGGCCAUGACUUGGGUAAUUGGUAUCACUAAUUGCAUGAUACUUUCCCCCUAUGCCAUGAGUCUUUCUCGAUGUGGGAACCAUCACCUGGAUCACUAUUUUUGUGAAAUAUCUGCAAUGGUCAAGAUUGCAUGUGUGGACACCACAGCCAUGGAGGAAACCUUAUUUGCACUGUGUUUUUUUAUUUUCCUUGCACCACUUCUUCUCGUUCUCGUUUCAUAUGGCUUCAUUGCUGUAGCCAUACUGAAAAUCAAGUCUACAGCAGGAAGACAAAAAGCGUUUGGAACCUGUUCCUCCCAUCUCAUUGUGGUAUCCAUCUUCUAUGGGACUGUUAUCUACAUGUACAUACAGCCAGGAAACAGUCCAUCUCAGGAUGAGGCCAAACUUCUCAGUAUCUUCUAUUCCAUUGUUACUCCCAGCUUGAACCCACUGAUCUAUACACUAAGGAAUAAGGAGUUCAAAGGGGCUAUGAAGAGGCUGAUUGGAAAAUAA